AUGUUGUUGCUAUUUAUAUUCAUUGUGCCUCUCUUGGGUUAAACAUGUUUCAGCAACAAGGCAGCUGUGGAUUGUGGUACUUUGAAGUGUUGCACUCAAGAAGGCUAUUGUGCUGUAUAAGAGACUGAUUGUUAUUACAGUGCUGAGAAAUGUACAGAUUAAUAAGAUUUCCAUUAGACUCAUGCGAUUAUGCUGAAUGUGAUUAUUGUUGUAUUUACAAUGGAGAUACUGUUGAGUGUGGAACCAAAGAUCAAUGCCUCGCUUGGAUAUUCAUAUUGUUGGGUUCUUGGCUCCUAUUAACAUUAAUUAAACAUUGCUACUCGUAUGAUUGUUAUUGCUGAGAAGGCUAAACUGGUUGCAUUAGAUAACUCAAGAAAAUCUAUAGUCUCAUAAAUAAUAGGAACAGAAGAAUAAUACGGCAAAGAAUUUUAAGUUAAUAAAGAUAAUUAUAAUUUGUAAUUGUGA